AUGCCACCACAAACCGUAAAUCUCCCGAAAUCUUCUCAACCUCAAGUAACAUUAUAUGGUGCCAACCGAAUCAACUUUCUUUCUUCCUGGUUAUUUCUUUGGAUAUUUGGUCUAUUAAAAGUUUCAAGAAGACACAAUUUGGACAGUGACAACUUAUCUUUACAAGAAUCUGAAAGAGCUGGUGUUGUUGGAGAUAAAUUAGAGCGCGCAUGGAACGAGGAACAUGAUAGAAAAGAACGUUCAAUACGGCAUGCUCUGAUUAAAACAUUUGGUUUUUCAUAUGCAUUGCUCGGUCUAUACAAAAUCUUAUGGGCAGCAUCCAUCUUUAUCGGCUCAUAUUAUCUUUUAAACCAAUUGAUUAUCUAUAUUGAGGAACGUGAUGAUAGUGAUAGUGAUAAUGAUAUUCCUAAUUCAUCUGGACAUUUGUAUGCUAUGGGAUUAUUCUUAACUUCGGUCUUUAGCAGCAUCUUUUACAACCAACUAAUUUCUGAGUGUACUCGAAUCGGAGUACAAGUUCGAGCCGCACUGAUGGUAUUGGUGUAUCGUAAAUCUUUAAGGCUUAGCUAUGUUCGUGGCAAUGCCGAUAUUGUGAAUUUGAUCUCUCAUGACUGUAAUAGAAAAGGGUUUGGUAUAAUAGGUAGGGUGGCAGAAGCUUGUGUCAAUUUUCAUUUUUUAUGGAGCUCGGUAGUUGAAAUAAUUGCAAUCAUUAUCCUUGCCUGGAUUGAGUUAGGCAUAGCUGCAGUUCCAGCUUUGGUAAUCCUCAUAAUUCUCAUCCCAAUCCAGUACAAACUCGGCUGGCUGACAUCUAAAUUUGCCAAUUCAAUGGCCAAAAUUACCAUGUCGCGCAUAAAUAUAAUGUCGGAAAUCUUAACAGCGAUUAAAUUGAUAAAAUUUUACGCUUGGGAAUCCUAUUUUCGUGAUCGAAUUGCCUAUGAACGUCAAAAAGAAAUGUCACAAUUGUUGACAGGUUUAGUCUUUAAAGUUUGGACUUUAUGUGUAGUAUUUGGCACUCCGAUAUUGGUAAUGUUGGCAUGUCUAAUAGUCAAAGAUUUGGCUUAUCCGGAUGAAAAUGGGGUAAAAGCGAGGACUAUUUUCACAACGUUAGCUUUAUUUAAUAUUUUGAGAUAUCCUCUUAUAAUGCUUCCAAUCGCUGUGAGGAGUAUUUUAGGAGCCCAGGAUUCUUUUAAUCGGUUGAAUGAAUUUCUCUUACAAACUGAAUUAGAACCUUUUAAGCAAGGAGACGAUAUACUGGAUGAUGAUCCAAAGCUUCGAAUUGUAAUUGAUAAUGCUGAUUUCUUAUAUGAUGAACAACUGGAUCCAUCUCUUCGUUUUCUGACAAUGCAAGUGAAACAAGGCGAAGUAGUUGCUAUUGUUGGGGACGUAGGUGCUGGAAAAUCUUCGGUUUUAGCCGCGAUAUUGGGUCAGAUCCGUUUAUCGGCUGGUACUCGACGUAUUCGUGGCUCGAUAUCUUAUGUACCACAUGAUGCCUGGCUGUUGAAUGCUACAUUAAAAGACAAUAUAUUAUUUGGUAAUGAACUUGAUAACAGAAGAUAUCAAGAAGUUUUACAUGUUUGUGGCGUCAAUCGGGAUUUACCAUUAUUAAGUCAUGGUGAUAUGACUGAAAUUGGCGAAAGAGGUGUCAAUUUAAGUUUAGGUCAGAGGCAAAGGGUUAGUUUGGCAAGAGCUGUUUAUUCCGAUGCUGAUAUCGUUUUAUUGGAUGAUCCACUUAGUGCCAUGGAUCCUGUUGUAGCUAAACAUGUAUUUCAUGAGUGUAUCCGAAAAUAUUUAAAAAAUAAAGCAGUGGUUUAUGUUACCAAUCAAUUGCAGUUUCUCUCUGAAUGUGAUUUCAUUAUGGUAAUGAAAGGUGGAAGUUGUGAUGAACAAGGGACUUAUGAAGAAUUGAUUGCUAAGGAUGUGAAUCUUGCCUCUUUGAUCGGUGAAUAUAUGGAAAUAGAAGAUCCCGAUCAAAUAGAUGAACUUAUUAGUGAAAUUCGUCUCGAUCCGGUAAUAGAUGAACAAGAUAAUGAUGAAUUAGAAGCAAUUGUUGUAGGAGAACAUCAUGAUGAUGAUGCAUUUGCAGGAGGAAGAGACGAGGCUAAAAGAGCAUCAGCUGCUAGACACAACACAAUUCAAUUUGGAUCAAAGAGACCUACUGGCUUUACUGACGCUAAUGAGCAAACAAUAUCUAGAAUUAUUGAUCUUAAUGCUCAUACAAUACAAAAUAGUAAUAUUAAUGAACUCACAAUAUCAAAAAUUAUUGAACAUCGUAAUCAUACUGUGCUUAGUGGAGCUGGUAAGACAAGAAUGAUGGGGAAUAAAAUAAAUCGUGAAAUAAAUGCAACCGCUAAAGCCAUCGAAAGGAAUCAAUUGACAAUUCAUAGUUUAAAUGACCGUGAUGGAAUAGCGGCAAUGAAUUCUGAUUCCCGCUCAAAAAAACCCAAUGAAGGAGAAGUUGAUUUGAAGGUUUAUUUGGAAUAUUUAAAAAAAUACACCGGUUAUUGGGGCUCAUUUAUGAUUAUAUUUUUCUUUUUCCUUGUUCAAGAUUGGUGGCUUAUAAAAACAGUCGAUGUAACCGACAAAUCAUAUGGAUAUUUUCUUGGGGUUUAUGGUGCUCUAGUGGGAAUUGCGGGUUUGGGUAUUUUUAUACGAGGUUUAGCUUUUGCAUGGGUUGUAUAUCACAAAAGUCAUUCUCUUCAUGACCGCACUUUUAUGAAAACACUACGUGCUCCAAUGUCAUAUUUUGAUGUCACUCCUAUUGGAAGAAUUCUAUCCAUUUUUGCUAAACAUCAAAUUUUUGUUGAUGAAGUUCUAACGGAUAAUGCUUUACAGUUUUUGUCAUUUUUGCCAGUUGUGCUUGGGGUUGUUAUCUUUGUUGUGGUGUUAAUUCCAUAUACUAUAGUGCCAGCUGUCUUUUUGGCUUUAGCUUGCUGGGCUCUGAUUCAUUUUUCAUAUGAAGUUGAAGAAAGAUUUAAACUUCUCGAUGCGAUGACAAAGUCCCAGAUCUUUGCUCAUUUAUCGGCUACCCUCGAUGGUCUCGCUAGCAUCCGCGUAUAUAACACGCAAUUUCGAUUUGAUAAACAAAAUCUGGAUAAAAUUGACGCAAACAAUAAAACUUUAUUCACUAUGAUGCAAGUAAAAUCUUGGCUAGCACUUUAUAUCGACAUCCUGGCUUCAUUAUUUAUUUAUUCAACCGCACUAUGUGUCGUUACUCUGAAAUCAAUUGGUGCCUCAGAUACUGGUUUGGCGUUAACCAAUGCACUACAAUUAUUAAUAUUUGGACAAUGGAUGAUAAGAUACGGUCGCGAUGUCUCGGCAACAAUGAGUAGUGUACAACAAUUAUUACACUUUAGACAAAAUAUACCAGUAGAGAGGCCAACAAUUAUCGAGGAGAACAGACCACCGAAAGAAUGGGGCAGCCGUGGGGAGAUUGAAUUUAAACAAGUUACCUUACGAUAUAAUGCUUAUGGAGUGGCCGUUCUUAAGCAUGUAACUUUCCACGUAAAAGCACGCGAAAAGAUUGGUAUCGUUGGAAAGACCGGAUCAGGAAAAUCAACAUUGCUGGUCAGUCUAUUGCGAAUUGUCGAGCUCACAGAAGGGCAAAUAUUAAUCGAUGAUAUAAAUAUAAGCACGAUUGGACUUCGGGAUCUCCGAAAUAAAAUUGCAAUUAUUCCCCAAGAGCCGGUAAUAUUUGCCGGAACGAUAAAAUCGAAUCUCGAUCCUUUUAACACUUGUACAGAUGAAGAGAUAUGGCAGAGCUUAAAUGCUGUACAUCUCACUGAAAAAGUUAAAUCAUUACCAGAUAAAUUGGAGACACCUGUACUAGAAAACGGAAGGAACUUUUCUUUCGGUCAACGACAAUUAUUUUGUAUAGCUCGUGCUUUACUUAAAAAGACAAACAUAUUGGUUCUUGAUGAGGCUACAAGUGCUGUAGAUUCGCAAACAGAUCAUCUAUUUCAAGAGACAAUAAAAAAGAAUUUUGCGAAUCAUACAGUACUCACAAUUGCACAUCGAUUGAAUACAAUCAUGGAAGCAGAACGUAUUUUAUGUUUAAAUGAAGGUCGAGUCGUAGAAUUCGAUACUCCACUACGAUUAUUAGAUAAUCCCGAUGGAUUCUUUUAUCAAUUAAUUACAGGCAGUGGUCCAGAGGCUGCUGAAAGAUUAAAACAAAUCGCAUUGCAACAUGCCAAACCAAUAAGCUCGUCAUCAUCAAUAAUUGAGUCCGAAGAUAACGGAGGAUUACCCUCAGCGGUGAUUGGCGGCACAUUAUCAGAUAGUAGAAUAGACAAAGCUUCAAUACACUCCGGGACAAUCAAUGAUAAUACUUCGGUAAAAAACUCGCAAAAUCCGACAGCACCACCACCUGCGCAUACGAAUAAGACGCUGCCUCCUUCAUUAGAUGUAUUUGAUCCGCACUCUUAA